UGUGAUUUGUUUUAAAAUUUCUUUAAUAUUUAUAGUGUAUGGUACAUAUAAUACACAAAUCUAUUCAUCAUGUGGACUCCAGACUUAGAAGUAAACUUGUUCCAUGCUUUAAAAGGCCACAAGCCAACUGGGAUUAAUCGAUUUUUUCAUAUGGCUUGCAUUCAUCACAAACUUGCCACAAGUUGUGAAUUAAAAGACCUUACACCAAAUCACAUCUGGGCUCAUCUGAAGGAUAUGUACAAUUUAGACACAUUGAAUGAAUUAGAUGAAUUACCAUUUCCUAAUGGUGUUGUCGAUUUUUCAUUGCCAGAAGAGAUGACCAACCCUGAGUUUAUGAUGUCUGCUCCUUGCUCGCCUGCAACUUCUGUAGCAUCGACCGAUGACAGCACUGGAGUUCCUUCAAGGCCAAGCAAUUUAAAUUUAACGAAUCUUAAAAAUAGUAGUUUUCUAUCUACACCAGAAAGUUUAGCUUCACCAAAACGAAAAAGAAAUGCAAGACAAGCACAACUCUUGUCCAAUUCUCAGCCGUCUUCACCUGCUGGUACACCUAGUUCUUCUGCUAAAAGGCGUCGAUAGAAAUAUAAUCCAGUACAGCUUUAUUUGCGAACAUUUGAGUUAGAUGUUUAUACUUAUUUUGUCCUAGUUUGUAUAUGUCUGUAUACUCAAAAUUUAUCUGUUAUAUAUCUUUAAGGCCACCUGUUAGUUUUGGCUGUAGCUCUCAGUGUUUAGUAUCUCAUGUGCAUUUUAAAUAACAGAGUUAACAGAAGUCAACUUCCUAACGUUUGCAGAUCAACACCAGUAAUAAUCCAAGAAACGCUAACAUCUUUAUGUAAUGCUUAAACACUUUGGAUAAGCAUGUAGUGAUACCUAUAUUUAUGUAUAUUUUAACAACGACCUUACUUUGAACUCUUUUCCUCUGAAACAAGUCUUCUGCUCCUGCUAUUUAUUUAAAAACAACAUCAAGUCUACACUCACUGUAAGUAUUUUAAACGCUUUUGAACACUGAGCUAUUUAAGAGUUCAAAGGGUCAGGAAGCUUAAGAUUAUGUCAAUUUAAUUGUUUAAAAUUUUCUAACAGUUAUUUAUUUACAUAUUGUGGUUUCGGGAAUUCGAUUUUUGCCUUUUUUUGUCACUAUAUAUAUAUAAUCUUUGUCUGCUUAUUUUCUUUACUUCCUGAAAAGUAGAAAAUGUGAAGAAUUUACUAGGCAGAUUUAUUUUACAAGGCAGAUAUAGAUUUUCAUAAUUUCUUUUUGUGCAAGUUUUUGUUUUACAAAAAACCCAUUAGGUUUCUUCCUGGAAUGUAUUUUUACAAGUUUAUGAAGAAAUCACAACAACGAAACUUUCGAAGUGUCUUUUUGCAAGAAUAUUAUUUGGAUGGCAUUUACGACACUUAUUUUCCCGAAGAAUUUAGUAGGCAGAUUUAUUUUACAAGGCAGAUAGAGAUUUUCAUAUUUUCUCUUGCUUGUAACAGUUUUAAAGGGAGUAGUAAAUCUUCUGGAGGCAUCUGUUUGGCAUAGAAUACACAAAUAAAAAGAAAAUAGCAUAAAGUAUUGUCCAAGUUAUAAAAAGCAGUUUUUUGAUGAGCCAUUUUUUAAGAAAAGAUGGAAAUAUAUAAGAAGUGCUGGUGUCUCAUUUAAAGCUCUGUUAAAUAAAUUUUUGAUUUUUUUAAAAAUUUAUAUCUCACAAAGUUGUUUGAAAAUUGGAAGUCGCUAUGGUAUCCAUAAGUUUUCCUGAACAUUUCAAAUUUUAUGCUCUUUGAUUUAUUUAUAGCGGAAUACAAUAUUAUAACAGAGAUUGCAUAUUGAUACUUGU